GUUAGGCCUCUCUCUCCCUACUUCACUGAUAGAGAGAGAAAUCUGUUAGAAGAGGUAGAGAGAGAAAGCACUUUUUUUGAGUUUCUUUCUCUGGAAUAGUUUCAAGUUUAGAUUGAGAGAGAGAGAGAGAGUCAUUCAAAUUUUCUUGUUAGAAGCAGAUUCAAAUUCAAUAAUGGCUGGUUACGUUGGAGUGUUUGUGUCAGAUCCAUGGCUUCAGAAUCAGUUCACUCAGGUGGAGCUUCGAAGCUUGAAAUCUCACUUCGUGACAAUAAGGAGAGAGAAAGGUGGUCUGAUACUCGCGGACUUGCCGUCGACAAUGUCGAGGCUGAAACACGUCGGGGAGAAUCUCACGGAACAAGAGAGAGCUUCUUUUCUUCAAGAUUUGUAUCAGAACUUGGACGAUGAUGUCGAUUUUGAACUCUUUCUUCAGGUGUAUUUGAAAUUGCAAGCACAUACGAAUUCCAGAAUGGGAAGUGGUGCAAAAAACUCAUCAGCAUUCCUCAAAUCUCCUACUUCUACACUGCUUCACACAAUCAGUGAAUCUGAAAAGUCGUCCUAUGUUGCGCAUAUCAAUAAUUACCUUGGAGAAGAUGAAUUCUUAAAAAAAUACCUUCCUAUAGAUCCUUCAACCAAUGAUCUCUUUGAAAUUGCGAAGGAUGGAGUUCUUAUCUGUAAGCUUAUAAAUGUAGCGGUCCCGGGGACAAUUGAUGAACGGGCAAUCAACACCAAGAGAGUACUCAACCCCUGGGAAAGGAAUGAGAAUCAUACUCUAUGCCUCAACUCUGCCAAGGCGAUUGGCUGUACAGUAGUCAAUAUAGGGACUCAGGAUUUUAUUGAAGGAAGGGUAUGUAUACAUGACAUUUUUUUAUAUGGGUGCUCUCUUAUGGGCUGA